AUGGGAACACUCAUGGAAAUCAAUGAGCGAGGACAUGCAUUGCUACUACCUAACGGUAGAACAGCACAUUCACGCUUUAAUAUCCCUUUAAAGCUCUUCGAAGGUAAGCUCUGCAACAUCAAACCAGGAACAAUGCUGGCUGAACUAAUCGAGAAAACGUAUCUUAUAAUUUGGGACGAAACACCUAUGACCCAUAAGAAUGCUUUUGAGGCACUAGACAAAACGUUGAAAGACAUAGUGUCUAGGAAAAAUCCAAACGCAAUGGAUCAGAAUUUUGGCGGCAAGACAGUUCUGUUAGAUGGUGAUUUUAGACAGAUACUACCUGUAAUUCCACAAGGUAAUAGAGCUGAUACUGUCAGGGAAGGUCAUCCACAACCAGAAUCGGGAAAUGAGUAUGAGGACUACCAUGAACAAAUGAUAAUUGUCGAUAAGUCAUUGAUUCGACAGAGUUAUGUUGACCCAUUAAAAGAAGUUGUCAAUGUUGUACAUGGAGAAGUCAACAAAAUGAUGACCUCCCAAAGCUCCUACAUUGAUAAAGCUAUACUCACACCCCGUAAUGAAACCGUCGAUGAAAUCAAUGCUUAUACCAUCUCACAGACUGACGGGGUUUCAAGAGAUUACUUCAGCUCUGAUAGCUUUGAGAUAUCGGAAACUCGAUCAGAUCAAAAUGAUACAUUAUACGCGGUCGAGUAUCUCAAUUCCUUGGAAUUUUCAGGGUUGCCUUCACACAAACUCACUUUGAAAGUCGGUGCCCCAAUUAUGCUUUUACGAAACAUAAAUCAAAAAAGGGAUUAUGCAAUGGUACCCGUAUGA